AUGUCUAGGGAUUUUGACUGUAUCAAGGAUUUGAAAAAGGAUUUGAAUGUCUGGAAAAUUCCCUUUAGGGUUCUUGACUCAUGGAUUGUUACGGCUAGCAAUGGGAACCGACACAUGGAGCUGAUCAUUGGCGAUACGAAGGGCGAUCGGAUCCAUGCUGUAACUCGGUACAAAGACCUUCAGCGCUGGAAGUCAUUGCUUGAAGAUAACAAGACUUAUGUUUUGCACAAUUGUCUUGUGUUUGAUAAUGACGAUGCGUUCAAGCAUGUAGAUCAUCCGUUUAAGGUGGUGUUUGGCGUUGGUUCGAAGGUGACAAGAAAUGACAAGCUGACUGACAUUCCGUGUCAUGAAUUCAGAUUCAAGUCCUUUAAGGAGAUUGAAGAUGGGAAUUUCAAACCGGAUGUUUUGUAUGAAAUCAUUGGCCUGAUUCAUGAGAUUGUGAAGACCUCGGCUUUAGGCUCUGGAAAAAAGCCUUGCACUAAUCUUGUGCUCAGAGAUGAAAUUGGAAAUUUGGUUGAUGCGACGUUAUGGGAUAAUUAUUCUCUGGAAUUGAUGAAAUUUCUGGCUGAACGAGACGAUUCGGGCCCUGUUGUGUUGAUUUUAACUCAUGCACAGUGCAAGCUUGCAGAUAACGGUAAGCCGGAUAUUUGUAACAAUUGGUCCGGCUCAAAGUUGUUUAUCAAUUCGAAGCAUCCAGUUGUUAAGAGAUUUAUGGCUACUGUUCAAGCUCAAGGUCAUGGCCUUGGUCGAAAUCUGUGUGAAGGUUCGAGUUCUUCUCAGAGAUCUCAAAACGAUGAAUUUUCAAAUCUCUCUCAGGUUCGGCCAAUUGGUGAAUUUAGGAACUUCAUGCAGACCACAUUUUGCAUUACUGUUGGGAAAACGAACAAGUUUAAUCCUAACCAGUUUGGCUGGUAUUAUGAGAGCUGUCCUAAAUGUCCAAGAUCUUCAAGGUUGAACAAUGGUAGCUAUAAAUGUGGAUGUGGAGAGGAUGUUGAGGUUCCGUUUACAAGAUAUAGGGUGAUUGUACAAGUUGUGUAUGAAGGUGAUAAAGCUGAUUUUGUCUUUUGGGACAAGGAAGUUGUUCAGAUUCUUGGUGUCACUGCUGAUACUCUUAGAAAGACUAUGCAAGAGGUUGGUGAGGAUGAUCCGAUGAUAUAUCCCAAACAUUUGGACAAUUUACUCGGUCUUGAGUUGGCUCUACGUGUAAAGUAUCAGCCGUAUUAUCAGCAGUCAUCUGUGCAAGGAUUUACUUCUGAUCCUGCUGUCAUUCAAAGAAUCAAGCGUCACCUUCAGCCUAAUGAGCAAUCAGAUGUGCAAGAGAAUAUUGUCCAUAAUAAUCCAAGCCAAUCACUUGAACCCGAGAAGAUGAAUUCUUCUGCUGAAUGUUCAAAAACAGUUCCAGUUCCUGUGAAUGUGGUCCGUGGUAAUCCAAAUUUGUCAGUGAAAGUCAAAGAGUUGAUUUCUCCAGCUGAAUGCCUCAAAUCAAUUCCCAUUCCCAUGGAGGAGUCUGCCUCUGUUUAUGCUCAAAAUGGUUCGGAUCAAAUUGCUAGCUUGACUCCUACAAAACGUUCGCUUGCUGAGAAAUGCGAAGGCAAUAUUGCAUCUAAUGAUCACAAUCCCACAUCAUUGUCUUCCACUAAGCUGGCUAAAUGCAUUAAGAAGGAGUAAUCAGUUCCAUCCUUGCUUGUCUUUUUGAGGAUAUGCUGUUCUAAUGUGCGAAGUUGUUUCAUCCUUGGUCUAUAAUAGUGUUUUUAAGCUUCGUAGAAUGGCUCUCGACUAUGCAACAAAUGUGGCUUAUUUUGGUCGAUUGUAAUAUAUUAUCUAUAACAAUGUAACUUGCCACA